AUGGGCACAACCCACCACCCCCGCCACAGCCAUUUCCUCACCAAAAAGCUCAUCACUUGGGCUCUCUAUGCUCUCAUCCCCUUAGCCCUCCUCCAUUUCUACCUCUUCCCCCUCUUCUCCCCCCAUCACCCAUCCCCAUCUCCUCAUCAUUCCCAAAACUCCACCCAUACGAUCUCCUCUUCCCACCAAGCAACAGGUGCUGCGAGAACCGAUGAGUUCGGAUUAAUCCGGAGGAGGCAGCGGUGCGACUACGCGGAGGGGCGAUGGGUUCGGGACGCGGCGGAGCCGCUGUACAACGGCACGAGCUGCCGCACCAUCAAGGACAGCCGGAACUGCAUGGCGCACGGCCGCCCCGACACCGGCUAUCUGUACUGGCGCUGGAAGCCGAAGCACUGCACCCUCCCGCCGUUCGACCCCGCGUCAUUUCUUACACUACUGAAGAACACGCACUUAGCGAUGAUCGGCGACUCCUUGGCGCGGAACCAACUGGAGUCGCUGCUCUGCCUCCUCGCCACCUCGUCGCGCCCCGAGCUCGUCUACAGCGACGGCGAGGUCGACAAGUUCCCGCGGUGGGUCUUCCUCGAGUACAACGCCACCGUGUCGGCGUUCUGGUCGCCGUUUCUUGUUAGAGGCGUCGAGAGAACCGGCGCGGCAGGGCAGACUCACAACGUGCUGUACCUCGACUCCGCCGACGCGCGGUGGGCGUCGGAAUUGGAUAAGAUGGACACGGUGCUGUUCUGUGUCGGGCACUGGUUCGUGUACCCGUCCGUGUACUACGAGGGCGAUGCCGUGCUGGGCACCCACCAUUUCCCGGAACUCAAUCACACCGAGAUCGGAUUCUUCGCCGCGUUCCGGAUGGCGAUCCGGAGGGCUCUUCGAGAGGUCGUGGACGCGCAGAACCGCAGCGGCGGCGGUGCCGAGAAGGAGAAGUUGGUGGUGGUGACGACGUUCCCGCCGGCGCACUUCGAGGGGGAGUGGGACAAGGCCGGAGCCUGCCCGAAGAAGGAGCCGUUCGGAGAAGGGGAGAAGGAGAUGGACUACACGGACAAGGAGAUGCGGAAAAUUGAGGUGGAGGAGGUGGCGGCGGCGUCGGCGGCGGUGGCGGAGAGGGGUGCAAUGCUGAAAAUCAAGGUGCUGGACGUGACAGAGUUGGCCUGGAUGCGCCCGGACGGGCACCCGGGCCCGUACAUGCAUCCGAAUCCAUUCGCCGAGGGGCCGAAGAAAAGGGUGCAGAACGAUUGCGUGCACUGGUGCCUGCCUGGGCCGGUUGAUGCGUGGAACGAGAUAUUGCUCGAAAGGAUGAAGAAAUGGAAAGAAGAGUAAGAAUUAUUAAACGGGAAAUUUUUUCAUUGCAUUUUUAUGUUUUUUUUGGGGUGUUCCUCCUUUGCUUCGUUUUGCUUUUAAUUUAGAAUUAUUAUUUGUUGAGAGGGAUAGAGUUUGGGAUGCAUGCUUCAUGAGGGUUGACAGGGAAAGAUUGAGGAAUUAUCAUGCAGGCCUCUGUUGAAAGGUGAAUUUAAUUAUUUGGGUCAAAAGGAG